UUUUCACUGGUUUUGAUUCGCGCACACUGCCGCGCAUGCUCUCGCGCUUAUCAAAAAAAAACACCCCAUACGUAAAAUUAACAAAACAAAAAUCAACAAUUUUAAUUAAGAUCUACAUAAGUAUUAUCAAAUACUUACUUAAUAAAAAUGCUUUCAAAACGAAAAAAAACAAAUAAAUAAUAUGUAUAUAUCUAUUUUAUCUUAAGCGGCUAACGACUGACCGUCAUGCCUCGUUUGAAGUGAUUAGUUAUCGGCGAUAGCGUAUUUUCCUACAGGGUGCUCGCGUAUAGGAAUGAUGUCUACACAAAGUGUUAAUGAGGAACAUUAUCUACAAUAAUUAAUAGAUUAUUAACGCUCGAGAUUCUUUUACACGAAAAAACAUACUCAAAUGACAUCGUUAGAAGAUUUUUCAAGAUUGGAUUAAUGCUUGAAAUGUGGGCCUCUGUUGCGUCUUGGAUAUUUAGGCCAGAAUGUUCUCCUAUGAUGAGCAUUCCAAAAACUAAUCAAACAUUGCCGAAUUGCACGUCAUCUGCCCGAGUUAAUUCGACCUCUCCAAAACUAAGUAAUCCACUGACUAGCACUGCCAAUUCAGCAUCCCCCGCAAGACAUUUGGAGCACCCAUUGCAUUCGGAGAGGGAAGAACAGCAAAACACUUCAGAGAAUAACAGGGGAUUUCAGUUACCAACCAUAUGUUCUGCAAUACGUUGUACUGUUCCUAGUUGUAAUUGUGAUGGCUUCGUUCCAGGAAAAAAGCACCUGCGGUACUGCGAGUCCUGUAAGCACGGCUGGGUUCCUCACGCGUUGGACAAGUUGGGGACUCGUCAUCUCUUUACCAACAGUGCUCCCGAACCUGUUCAGUUGGAUGUCGUUUUUGAUAUUGCCAGUUUGGUGCUAUACGGUUGCCAAGCUUUACCAAUUCGAUUGAAAAUCCUUCUCGAUCGUCUUUUUUCCGCACUUCAGAAGGACCAGGUCGUGCGUGUCCUGCACGGAUUCGGAUGGACACUGGACGACUACGCCAGAGGAUAUAUUCUCCAGGUGAGCUCAGAAACAUGUUCUGGACGGUUAGACCGUUGGAGCAUUUGCAGUCCUGAAGAAGAACCAUUGGUGCUUCAACAGUUUUUAAGGUUCGAGGAGACGCGUUUAAUUACUCAACAGCUAAUGCUUGCACAGCAAGUACUCCAAGAAACCGCGCUGGAUCGCUUAGACUAUAGAUCAGCCCUUAAUUCGCGGCGACCAAUGUCUCCCAAUCGACACCCUUCACCACCAGCGUUUCCACCGUCGACGUUUCUUCCAGCGCAUCUACUUCCUCUUUCUCCGCAUAAGCAAUCGUUAAAGUUUUUCAAUUUACCCACAACAAAUGGCUCGCAAUUAUCGACACCACCUCCGGAAAAUAACAACUCCAGUCCACUCAAUACGUCUCCUUUAAAUAGGCUUCAAAGUAUGCAGCCGUUCGAUUUCCGAAAGUUAGGCGCGGGUCUUCCAGGAUUCAACGCAUGUUCUCCGCCCGACUUGGCGAGGAGAAAAGUAACCGAGGCUGAGGUGUUUAGUGGUCUAAAUCUUUCGAUGUCCUCAGCAUUGUCCAUGUGUCCUCCUCCGAUACCAACAUCUACUCUUAUACCAUCUUCUGUUAAUCACCCGUCAUCGCCAGCAAUGGUCGCGACUGUGUCGGCGAGCAGUGUUACCGCGCCCAGCCUAGUGCCGUCAUCUUUUUCCGGGUUGGCUUCUUCGAUCGAAAGUAAAUCUGUUACAAGUAAUAGUGAAAUUGGUUCCGAAGAUGACGACAACGACAACACACAGUCCGUACUUAAUCUAAGUCGCGAUAAAGAUCCAGUUAAAGUGGCUCCGCGAGUUCCCCGGACCUCGUCUAUACCGGGAAGAAAACCUACGUUACCAUCGAAAAGACAGUGGGGUUCGCCAGCCUUACCGCUUAAUUUGGGUACUCAAUUUAUUAAUCCGACAACGGGAAAAAAGCGGGUGCAAUGUAAUGUGUGUCUAAAAACAUUCUGUGAUAAAGGCGCGUUGAAAAUUCAUUUUUCGGCCGUUCAUUUACGCGAAAUGCACAAGUGCACGGUGGAGGGUUGUAACAUGAUGUUCAGUUCAAGAAGGUCACGUAAUAGACAUAGUGCGAAUCCUAAUCCCAAAUUACAUUCCCCACAUCUUCGUCGGAAGAUAUCUCCUCAUGAUGGCAGGAGUGCUCAAGCCCAUCCUAUACUAAUACCCUCUCAAACUGGAUUGCCGUUACCGACAUCCGCACUGAAUGCUCUCAAUCCAUUUGGAGCAUUUCCACUUCUAACUCCUCCACCUGAUAUUAGACAUCACUCUGCGCUAGCUGCGUUAGAUUUUAAACAUAGUUUAGAUUUAAGUUUGCAUCGAUCGAUUAUAUCUGAUGAAAUCAGGAAAGAACAUAAAGAAAAAACCAACUCGGAAGAAUACGCUUUAGAACUUACAACAAACAGGCAGAAUGAAGAAAACGAUGAUGAUUACGACGAUGGGAUUAUCGUGGUUGGAGGUGAAGAGGAAGAAGAGUCUGAAAAGAACGAGCCGUCGAACGAGGAACCGGACAGACAGGAAUAUUUUGCGUUGACACUCAAGAAACAAAAAAUGUCCGUGUCGGAUGUCGAUGAAGAUUUGGUCAGUAACGUCGAUAGUAACGACGAUUCGUUGAGUUUAGUCGACACUCAUAGUUACAAAGGUGAUUCAAAUGCCCCUACGAACAAGCGAAAACGAAAAAGCCAAAAUCCGACAAAAUGCACGGCUCCGAUGAUAAUAGAUAACGAUGUCAGUGAUGGAGAAUCUUCCGAUAAUAUUUUCGCUAGGGACACUUCUAAAGAGCAACUGAAACCAUUAAACGAUGUCGACGAUAACGAAGAAAGAACUGAAAAGCGUGAAACGCCAAAGCCACUGGACUCACCGUUGAAUUUAGGGAAACAUAGUCGAAAUAGUCCCAAUGAAACUGAAACGCCUAUUAACUCAGAGAUUAAAACUAGUCUUGCGCCAUUGUAUCAUAGCGAUAAAAUAAAAAAAGAAAAAAACCUAGGAGAAGGUGAAAACACAGAACACUACGAACGACCAGAAAGCUCAAUUGAAAGUAACAGAAGUGACGAAUCUUUUGAUUCGUCUAACGCGUUGAGGCAUCUCGAAAGUCUUUCGCAUGGAAAUUUUGGGGAGCUUCUCAGCAGAGGGUUACCACCGGGGUUUAACAGUCAGACAACGAACCUCUCACCUCUGAGUCUUUCAGUAGGAGGUGGACCACCUAGUCCCGCGCGCUCUCAGGCAUCUUCAACGUCCAACAGCGGCGAAUCCAUGGACGAAAACAGUCAAAAUUACUUUGGGCAUUUCGAUAACGGCCAAUUUAUAAGUACCAUGGAUGUUCCAAUAGAUAAAGACAAUCCGAGAAAAUGUACCGCUUGUGGAAAGAUCUUUCAAAAUCACUUUGGGGUAAAGACCCACUAUCAAAACGUGCAUUUGAAACUAAUGCACAAAUGCAAUGUGGACGGAUGUAAUGCAGCAUUUCCGUCGAAAAGGAGCAGAGAUCGUCACAGUGCCAAUCUGAAUCUGCAUAGAAAAUUAUUAUCCACCACUACUGAAAAAACCGUAGCCAGUUUGCUGCUAGAAAAAUCUUCGUUUAAUCCACUUUCAAACAGUCAAAUUCCUAACGAUUUUUUCACUCGAUUCUACAUCGAAGAGGCUAUGAAACCCCACAAUCUGGCUAAUCCGGGCAACUUCGAUCAAAUGCUUUUGAAUGGUGACAGAAUUCCUCCACCUCCUUUUCUAAUUCCACCUUUAGGAAACCUUCCGUUUCCUUUGGGCGGACUGAAUAGCUUGAAACAGUUCAACGGGGCUGCACCGUUAAGUAAAGAUCAAUCUUCGGCAUCAAGUUCACCAAUUCUAUCUCCACCCCCUUCGUAUGUAACAUGUAACUUUUCAGAACUCGUCCAUUGCAUCGAGGAAGAUCUUCCAACUCCCGACAAAGAAGGGAAUCUCCCUUGUAAAUUAUGCAAAACAUCAUUUAAAAGUGCGAUGCAACUUAAAGAACAUUGCGAACAAAACCAUUUACUCGAAAUGUGCAGGUGUACGAACAAAGGUUGCCCUAAAGUGUUUCUUUCGCGGACCAAAAGAAACGUUCAUUCGGAAAGGGAGUUGCAGAACAUGCAAAAUAAGGACGAAGACCGAAAAAGUACGUGACAUUAAAAUUUUUAUAAUUCAAUGUAACUCGUCGAGAAAAUUAUAUUAUUAUGUACUUAAGAAGAACUUAUUUGGCCCCUAUAUUUUUUUAAAUUAAUCGAUCUUGUACUAUCAGAUAAGUAGUAAAAGAAAAAGAUGUCGAAUGUUAUUGUUUAUCGGUAAAUUGAUAUAUUGGUUAUGUGAUCUCUUUUAUUUAUUGUGAUGAAGUUGUACAUAUAUUUGCAUACAAAAUACAUAUUUACCGAAGAAAUCUAAGUAUUCGUUGUCUGUAAAACUACUUCCUAUAGGUACGUAAAAUAUGCGUAAAGAAAAGUAAUAAAUAAUAAAGUAAUUGA